AUGGGUAAUAAGAUGGUUGAAAGGGUUGUGAACAUGAGAAGGCUAGUUCCUCCAAAGCACGAUGAUCAAAGAUCCAGCCUCAACAGUCUAUCUGGUAAAUCUUCAAAUUCUCCAGAUAGCUCGGGCUUUGGUAGAACUUUAUCGAAAAAAUCACUGGAUAUGGCACUUCGGCAUAUGGACAUAAGGCGCAGCAUUCCAAACAAUUUACGGCCUCUUAUGACAAGCAUCCCUGCAUCAUCUGUUCAUAGUGCACGUUCAGGAUCCACAAGGAGCAGACCAAUUAGUGUUUCAGACUCACCGCUUGCAACAAGCAGCAAUGCUAGCUCCGAGCCGAGUGUCAACAACAACCUGAUGUGCCUGGACAGUAUUGAUAUUGAUGAUGAGUUGUGCAGAGAUAGAGCAGGACCCUAUGGACGGUGA